UUCACAGAUAUUUACAAUCUAUAUAUUGGAUUUAACAUGGAUGCAAUAAUGCUCACGUGUGUCAGUCAUUGAUAUUGUUUUAUAUGUAUAUUUUUGUCUAUUUGUAAAAUUGUUACAUAUAUACAUAUGAUAUAUAAGUGAAACAGAUCAGUUUAAGAGAAAGUUUAUAAUUUAUGAUUAAGAUGCAGUUAACGUACAGUCUUGAUGCUUUACAUACAUAUUUUAUUAAUUCAUAAUGUAUUAAUUUGAAUUAAUAGUUCCUUUUAUUAUUAAGAGAGAAUAAUGGAAGAGGGUGCAAUGUUAUGGAUGCUUAUUCUUGUUAUGCUAAUUGGUUCUUGUUUGGCCGGAUCAUUACCAUUAGUCAUAAGUUUGUCAGAAGACAAAUUAAAAUUAGUAUCGGUAUUAGGAGCAGGUCUUCUUGUUGGAACUGCAUUAGCAGUAAUUAUACCCGAAGGUAUAAGAGCUUUAUUUACUGGCGAAAUUACUAAUGAAAAACAGACACAUGGUGACUUACAUUCUUUAAUUGGAAUUAGUUUAGUACUCGGUUUUGUAUUUAUGCUUUUGAUUGAUCAAUGUUCAGCAAGAAAAAGUGAUGGAAGGCAAAAAAGUGUUACAGCAACUUUAGGUCUUGUAGUUCAUGCAGCAGUUGAUGGAGUUGCAUUAGGAGCUGCUGCUACUACGUCUCAAGCUGAUGUCGAAGUCAUAGUUUUUUUAGCAAUAAUGUUGCAUAAAGCACCAGCUGCAUUUGGACUUGUGUCAUUUCUUCUUCAUGAAGGUGUAGAUAAAAAGAGGAUAAGCAGGCAUUUAUUAAUUUUUUCUCUUGCGGCACCAUGUCUUGCACUUAUAACAUAUUUUGGGAUUGGAAAACUUGUUUCUUAUGCUAAGAUCUUUAAAAAACUUUUGGACAAGUAAAAUUAUAAUUCUGUUAAAUACAGAUGUUAAAGC